CCUACAGACCAUAUUACUGAUUUAUUCUCACUGUUUAUUAUCUGUACUCUUUAUAAUUACUCAUUAAUUACUGUAUUAUCUAUAUUUUAAUUCUUAUUAACUGUCUUUUUCGCUUUUUCCCUUUUGUUUUUGUUUUUGUACAGGUUACAGGAGCCGGUGAGGGACACCGCCACCCCGCGGUCGAACAUGGCGUCUCCGAGCAGAGUCCGCCCCCUGGAGGUGCGUUCUGACCGUUCGGAGAACUCCACCAUCCGUCCCCCGGCUUUUGGCUGCCGAAAGGCUUGGGUGAAACGCAUCAUACGCACGGUGCACACCUCCCGCCCACAGCCUGCAGCAAUCCCCAGCACCCCUCCCCCCACCGUCACGACCCCGUCCUUCCCUCGGUACAGCCGCCGUAAGGUCCUGGUGCCGAUCCCUGUGGCAGAGCUGGACUUUGUUGGACCAGAGCCUGAGCUCAUCCCAGGUGCAGCUGCACAGGCUUUGGCCGACCCUGUCUGGGAGGUGGAGGACCUUGACGAUGAGGUGGAGAUGUCGAAGGAGGAGUCAGACGUCUCUAGCGUCUACACUUCACCUUUUUCUUCUUGCUCAGAAUCUUCAGUGGAGGACCUCACCACCACCGUCUUCCCACCAGAGCUAACCGGCCAGGGAGUCACUGCACCUUCACCCACCAUCAGAACACAGAGCAGAUCCCUGAAAAGACUCACCACCAACUUUUGGACCUCUGUGUUUUCUCGUUUCAGGUCCCGUGCUCGAGUCUCGGUGCUGGUUGGGGAGGCGGACCCAGGUCUGGAGGCGGAGCCGGCUGCACAGGACGUGCAGGACCUGGAAGAGCGAAGGGACGCGGUGGAGACCCCUCCCAAAAGAAAGGGAGGAAGGAGGAAGCUGUUCCUGAGCUGCUUCAGGGGGUCAGAGAGGGACUAAUUAGAUUGAUAGAUUUAAAUAUUUAUACCUAUUAAUUAGAUUGAUUGUAAAUAGAUUAAUAGAUUUGUAGGCAUUAAUUAGAGUAAUUGUAGUUAGAUUAGUAUAUGUAUAGGCAUUAAUUAGUUGAUUGGUAGAUAGAUUUAAAUAUUCAUAGGCAUUAAUUAGAUCCAUAGUUUUAUAGGCAUUCAUUAGAUUGAUUGUAGAUAUAUUAUUAUAUUUAUAGUAGGCAUUAAUUAGAUUGAUUAAAGAUAUAUUAUUAUAUUUAUAGUAGGCAUUAAUUAGAUUGAUUAUAGAUAUAUCAUUAUAUUUAUAAGCAUUAAUUAGAUUGAUUAUAGAUAUAUCAUUAUAUUUAUAGGCAUUAAUUAGAUUGAUUAUAGAUAUAUCAUUAUAUUUAUAAGCAUUAAUUAGAUUGAUUGUAGAUAUAUUAUUAUAUUUAUAGUAGGCAUUAAUUA